GGGACGGAGAGGUAGAGAGAGAGAGGGAAGGAGAGGAGGGAGAGGGGGGAAGUGGUGGUGGCGUCCUCUUCCUUCUCCUCUGUCAUCCUCCUCACUUCCCCCAACCCACCCUUUUUUUAACCCUUCGCCUCCCUCUUCCCUCCCUGGAGAUCGUUGGAUUGGCCAAUCGGACGGUCGGAAUCCCGUCUGGCCUGGCCUUUCUUUUUUAUUUUCUUCAGCUGCCUCCAGCUCCUUCCGCUGAUCUCCUCUCUGGAUUCCUCCCCCUGAUUUCGUAGGCGAAGUUUCCAGCGGAAAAUCGUAUAAGUUUUCGAUGAUUCCGAGCGGUUAGCCGCGCGGCUCUGCGACGGAAACUAAACAUUGAAGCUUCCCCGGGUUUCCCGACGGAGAAAUUCUCAAGAUCGCGUGGUGACCGUCUCCAUUUCGUCGAGAAGUUUGAUUGCUUGACAUCGUGAUCUCGGCGCUUCCUCAAAUUUCGGCCUACGAAUCUUGUGCGGCUUGUUUGCUUGGAAGAUCGUCGGAGAAUCGUUAACCGCCCGCCGCUGGGGGCUGGGGUUCCGGUAGUUUUGAUGCAUUCUGGCUGUUGCUUGGCGUUUUGAUUCGGAUCGAAGAUUUCGGAGAUCUCACCACUUCUUGUGUCCGAAUUUCUUCGUCUUUGUGCUGUUCGCUUAGAAAUCGGUUCGGUUUUCAUCGCUUUCCUGAGUAUUGACAGAGGAAAAGUAAAGGCCAUUGGAGUUCAGAUCCUAGGAAACUUUGGUUGGAGCGGUAGUUUGGCUGUAUUCCGGUUUCCAGUAUUUAAUCUUCGUAUCGAUUGUUCUAAUUCAAAGUUGCCAAUGGCAAACUACAAAGGCGUCACAAACACUGGUAUUUGGUCAUAUCCAGGAAGACAGCAAUCACAUCUGCCUCCUAAGAGCCCUUUUCCGAGUGUAACUUCUGGCUUUGUAGAUUAUGGCUCUACUCAUGCAACAUCAUCAAGAGGCAUUCCAAACCCAAGAGAGGGACUUAAACAUCACCAGCGUACUUCCUCUGAGAGCUGUCUCAUUGAUGAGCAACCUUCAUGGCUUGAUGACCUGCUCAAUGAGCCUGAGACACCUGUUAGGAAAGGGGGUCACCGCCGUUCCUCGAGUGACUCUUUUGCUUAUUUGGAAGCACCUAGAAGUUUCUCUGACAUAGAUAGUUUCUCUCAGUGGGAACCUAUAUAUGGAAAUGUACCUUCCAUGCCAUCACGAGGAUCUUUGGAUUUUCAACGAGCUAAAGAUGACUACCACACUUCUUUCUACUCCAACACAAAUUCUUUUGGGGUACAACCAAUGAAUAGACGAUGGACAUCAACUCCAAACAGUAUACAUUCAGGUGGUCAUAAAGUUGCAAAAAAUAACGCCAAGUCUGCUAGCACAGAAUCAUUAACUACUCAGAAAGACGGGCAACUUGUAGCUGCUCAAAAACAGAGUACAGUAGCUGCUCAAAAACAGAGUACAGAGGAUUCCACUCCUACUGAGCAGAAAGGAUCCCCAGAAAAAGUAGAAGGCUCACAUGCUAAGCCAUCAUCAUCCGAGGCAGAUACAAAACGUGUAAAACAGCAAUUUGCUCAACGUUCUCGGGUUCGUAAGCUUCAGUAUAUAGCUGAAUUGGAAAGAAAUGUUCAGGCUUUGCAGGCUGAAGAAUCUGAAAUUUCAGCUGAACUGGAAUUUCUUGAUCGACAACGUCUCAUACUAAGUUUAGAGAACAAGGCAUUAAGGCAGCGAUUAGAAAGCAUGUCUCAAGAGCAACUUGUGAAGUACUUGGAGCAGGAUAUGUUGGAGAGGGAAGUUCAGAGGUUAAGAAUGUUAUUGUAUCAGCAGCAGCAACGCUACGAUCAGCAGGCCUCCAUUGCAACUUCCAGGGACCUGGAUUCACAGUUUGCUGCCCUCUCUCUGGGCCACAGUCAGGGCAAUUCCAACCGGGACCCCCUUGGUGGGCCUCUCCGCAUCUGAACUUGCUGAGGCCUCUAGCUUCUACCUCCACAUACUGCACCACGACCAGAAUUUGCACUUCCCUGUCCUUUCUCCUUCACAUUCUUACACUCUGAUCACCCGACAGAACCCCACCUCAUUCUGUUCCUCACACGGACAUGCUUUGAUUAUUUGUUUCUCCUCUGCACCUGGCGGUCUGGCCGGAAGAUUUUCCGGCAGCUGAGAGCCGGCCUGUGGUGAUGGCUUUGUUCAGUGCUGCAACUGCCCAGUUUACUGUAUACUGACCCUACCAGGCAUGUUUGCGGGCUUUCCCUUUCUUUUUAUCUUUUUAACCUUUACCCCGAAUGUAUCAUUGUUGGGUCGCCUUCUUCGCUCUGAAGAGCCCAUCUAAAUUGUUGUUCUCAUGGCAUUUCUACCUGAAAUUGGUGAAUUAACUGCCUUAUUUCUUUUCUUUCUUGAA